ACGUCUCGCUCGUCGCGUCCAUCACCGUACUAAUGGCCCGGAAAGUCGCCUCACCGGUGAGCGACGGCUCUCAGAAGGAGAACACGCCCAAGGGCAAGGCAAAGGCGCGUGCCGAGAUAGCAAAAAAGGAGAAGACAGCUAGAAUGGCGCGUGGCUCUGCUGCGCGACGCGUAGAAGAGGAACCAGAAGAGGAUGACCGAGACGAGGAGGAAGGACAGGAUGAAGAUGGUGAGGCGGAGAGGAGGCGCGUCCGUUUGAACGCGGAGGGCGACUCGGCGCCCGCGGAAGCGGUGAAGCCAGAGCGAAUGAAGACGUUGCCGCGAGAUGAGGAUGGAGGUACUUCACUUACGCAUGCACCGCGUAGAUUCAUCCCCGGGUCCAUUGUUCGCAUCAAGCUCGAGAACUUCGUUACUUAUGAUGCUGUUGAGUUCCGCCCCGGCCCAUACCUGAACAUGAUAUUUGGCCCCAACGGAACCGGGAAGAGUACCAUUGCCUGUGCUAUAUGCCUUGGUCUCAACUUUCCGCCCUCAGUACUUGGUCGCGCCACAGACCUAAACUCAUUCGUUAAGAUUGGCACGGAGGCUGGUUACAUUGAGAUCGAGCUGAAGGGUGCGACUGGCAAGCCGAACCUUGUUGUCAAGCGUACCCUAAGUGCGAAGGCGAAGGCCUCCUCCUUCUUCCUUAACGGCCAGGCCGCAACAGGCCGGGAGGUUAACAACCGUAUGACGGAGCUGAACGUGCAGGUUUCUAACCUUUGCACGUUCCUUCCUCAAGACAAGGUUUCUGAGUUCGCGCACAUGACCCCUCAGCAGCUACUUCGGGAGACGCAGCGUGCCGCCGGCAAUGCUGGCCUAACCGCCUGGCAUGAUACUCUCAUCAGCGCUGGGAAGGAUUUGAAGGGUAUCACGGAGGUAUUGAAUGGCGACCGAGACCAGCUCAAGACUCUAGAAGAGAGAAACGCGAACUUAGAGCGAGAUGUUCGUCGUUACGAGGAGCGCCAACAAAUCGAGCGUGAUAUCGAGUUGCUGGAGCUUAUCCUGCCGUUCAAGGAGUACACCGAAGCCAAGGCACUCUACCAGGAAACCAAGGAAGGCAAUAGGAAGGCGCUCGAACGAUUCCAGAAGCUGCAGGCGCGCAACGCCCCUAUCCUAGAUCGAAGGAGGGCCAUAGAACGUGAGUUGACUGAGAAAGAGAGGGCCCGCGAGGCAAAGAAGACUGCGUCCAAGAAAAAGUUCGAGACAAUGCUAAACGGAUGCAAGACAAUGAUGGUCUGGUUCGAAACCAUGGCCGAGGAUCUGAAGAAUCGGCUUGAGCGCAUCAAGUCGUCGGAGAAGACACGCAAGAAAGAAAUAGAGAGGCUUGAGAGGUCCGUCGCUGCCGCUCGGGAGGCACUGGCCAAUCCUCCCGAGCGUGAGGAUAUAGUCAAGCUCAGAGAGGAACGCAGGCGCAUUGAGAUUGAGCAGCGAAAGUUGCAUGAUCGCAUAACGGACCUACAGGCGAAGCAGCGCGCGAACGUCGAGGAAGAGUCUAGAGCUACUCAUGUCAUCAAUCAGCACACGGGAUACCUGAAACAGCUGGACGACGUGUCACAUAGGAAGUUAGAAAGUCUCUCGAAGUGGGACCGUGACUGUGGUGAUGCUGUACGUUGGUUGCGGCAGAAUCAGCAAAAGUUCAAGAUGGAAGUGUUCGAGCCUCCUAUGUUGUCUUGCACGGUGCCGGACAACAGAUUUGUGAAUGCUGUUGAAGCUUGCUUCGGUGCAAGUCAGUUAAAGACCUUCGUUGCGCAAUGCGAAGAUGACUAUGCGUUACUGAAUCGACUCCUGAUUGAUACGCCAGAGGCUCUCGGCAGGUCGACUCGUAUUCAUACCUGGUACAGACACCAAGCCGGGCCAGCCCCACCCCCACCCAUGAGUCAAGCAGAGAUGCACCAAAUUGGUUUCGACGGAUACGCGCUUGACUUUAUCCAAUGUCCCGAUGGUAUGCGCUGGUUCCUGGAGAACAUGCAGUUGCAUAAGACUGCAAUUGCCCUGAGCCCGACAGUCAAUGGCAACCUUGCCAUGGAGCUCGUUACAAGACAAGGGGGUGGAAAGUACAUCAUUGGGAGUGUCAUGAACUCCGUGACUCGUUCACGCUAUGGCAAACGCCUUCCGCUCAAUCAGACGAGCGGUAUUAGACAGGCUCGGAACCUUGUCUCCCAGGCCGUGGACGAGACCGAGAAGCGUAGGCUCGAGAAGGGCAUCAAGGAGGCGCGAAUGAAGUACGACAUGUGCAAGGAGGAAGCUGAGCAACUUGGCAAGGUGGACGCUGCCAUCCGGGCAGAGGGAAAGAGCUUUAAAGAAGAGCUGGCCAAAUUGGAUGAGCGCAAGAAGACCGUUGAAGAAAUCGAGAAGAAGCUGACUAGCCUUCAGCUCCGCAUCGGUCGGGAGGAGGGAAAGCUGAAGGAACACCAGAAUGCACCUCCCGUCGAUGUGGAACGCGCACGGUUAAGAGCUGAGAUCUUGACCAAUGCCAAGAAGCGGAUGGACAUCGUGGUAGAGUACGCCCGUCUCAUGCUGGCGACUAAGCAAGACCAGUUGGCAGCAACAUGUCUUGGACUUGAGGCUGCUCAGAUCGCAUCAAACAAGGCUGCCUUGGAAGAACUGGUCAAGGAGAAGGAAGAAGAGGUAGCCAAGGCCAAAGCUGAUUUCCAAGAUGUGCAUCACCGAUACGAGGUCGCCAAGGAGGACUCCAAAGCUAAGCUGCAGGUCAGCAAAGCCAAGCUCGCGUCAGUUGGCGACGACACGCGUGAGCGGUUCCGUGUCAUGGAAGAGAGCGGAGAAGUCGCGGACAAAUCUGCCGACGAUAUUGAAACGGAGUUGGAAGCCAAGCGCGCUCAGCUGGAGAUGAACAUGCACACGAACGCCGGUGUCGUUGAGCAGUUCAAGAAGCGCCAGCAGGAGAUUGAAGCCUUGACAGAGAAGAUCAAAGAUCGAGAGAAGAGGGCCGAUCGCAUUGCGCGUUCGAUCAAGACUGCUAGAGAAAAUUGGCAACCCGCAUUGGAGGAACUAGUGGCCAGUAUUGGCAAGAAGUUCUCGGCGGCUUUUGAUCGUCUUGGAUGUGCCGGCGAAGUCCGAAUUCGCGAGCACGACGACUUCGACAAGUGGGCAAUCGACAUCCUUGUCAAGUUCCGAGACGACGAGAAGCUGCAGCUGCUAACCGGCGAGCGCCAGUCGGGAGGGGAGCGUUCGCUCACAACCAUCCUGUAUUUGAUGAGCUUGACUGAAGAGGCUCGGGCCCCAUUCUCCUUGGUAGACGAGAUCAACCAGGGUAUGGACCAACGUGCCGAGAGGGCCGUCCACAACUCUCUCGUCGAGGUGACCUGCAAGGCCGACAGCGGGCAAUACUUCCUCAUCACGCCGAAACUCCUGCCGGACCUCGAGUACGCAGAACGCAUGAAGGUCUUGUGUGUGAACAACGGAGAGUGGCUUCCCGAGGAAACUGGUAUAGGCAAUAUGAUGAACAUGAUCAACACGUAUGUGCAGCAUCAGACGCGUUCAAAUGCCUCUAUGUGAUCGUCAUCCUCGUACAUGCCUGUUGUCUAUUGCCUAACUUAUGAUCAUGCUCGUUCCGCGGUUGAUUAGAGAUCUUGAUACAUAAUGACGAUGCUACAUCUUGGUGCUGAUGACAGUUACCCAUAAUGCUACCGUAUGAUACUUGUCUUUUCAUUUACGUUUAUAUAGACUGCAAUUAUUACUGUGAUGAACGACCCCGUGUCCCGAC